AGCCUGCAGCCCUCCUACAGCCCGACAUGGCCAAGGCAGCUGGGGUGUUCUUUGUCCUCCUCCUCCUUACUGCGCUGUGCUGCCAGAGCCUGGCCCAGAGAGCCCCAGCUGUGCCUGACAAGUGCUGCUUCAACUUUCAUACCAGAAGGAUCAAAAUGGACAACAUUGUCGCCUGCUAUGCCACCAGCCCGCAGUGCCCACACCGAGCUGUGAUCUUCAAGGUGAAGAAUGGCAAAGAGAUCUGCACCCCAGCGGACAGGAUGUGGGUGAAGAGGUACCAGCAGAGGUUCCAGGUCAGCUCCUACUCCAUCCCCAGCUAGAAGAGCCACAAGAGCAGCAUAGGGCCCUUGGAGGCAGCCUUAUCACGGAGAUGGGGAGACCAGGAGCAGUGCGAGUCCUCCCCAUCUCAGCCCUGCGCUAUGCAGAUGAGCAGCACUCACCUCCAUGUUU